AUGGGCGCGGGCGCAGAGAAUGGAGCGCCGGCGACGGCCAAGGUCAGCGACGUUAUCGCGACGUACCGCCCGACCAAGCUCUUCAAAGCCCCCAACCUGCACUACACUUCGAUCGACUUCGACUCGACCGGCGAACUCCUCCUCCUCGCCCGUACCGACGACACUCUUCACAUUUACAACACAAAAGCUGGCGCCCACGCAAAGGAGCUCAAGUCGCAAAAGCACGGUGCCGCCCUUGCGCGCUUCACUCACCAUUCGCAAUCAGUCAUCUACGCCUCGACCAAGCUCAACCAUGACAUCCGAUACCUGUCUGCUCACGACAACACUUAUAUCCGCUACUUCAAGGGUCACACCGACAACGUCACCUCUCUCCAGCUGUGCCCCAGCAAUGACACCUUCCUCUCUGCCUCCCUCGACCACACCGUCAAGCUAUGGGACCUACGCUCUUCAAACCCGCAGGGUAGCUUAAACUUGCAUGGCGCUGUCCUGAGUGCCUAUGACCCUUCGGCCACAGUCAUUGCAAUUGCUUCUCCUGCCACACAGACCAUCGUGCUCUACGACGUCCGUAACUUUGACAAGCCUCCCUUUGCCACUUUUGACAUGCAGGACGUUGAGCGUCGCUUCAGUCACUAUGGCCAGGCUCAGGCUCAGGGCUGGACCACGUUAGAGUUCAGCAACAAUGGCCAGUACAUUCUGGUGGGAACAAACGGUCCAGGCCAUUACGUUCUGGAUGCCUUCGAAGGCGCUUUGAAAGCAUACCUAUAUCGUGCUCAAGGUCCUCCACCAUUCCCAUCUCAGCUCGGUCAAAGUGACAGUCCCUUGCGCCAUACUCAAUCUUCGCUACAGGGUGACUCCUGCUUCAGCUCUGAUGGCCGCUAUGUCGUCUCGGCCUCAUCUAAGGGUGGCAUGUUAGUGUGGGAUCUGCUCGGCGACAAGCGCUCUGAUGGUACCAUGAAUCCCAUGACCGACUUACCAGGUCCUAGACCAUCUACUGUCGUUGGAGUGAACCCCAGGUACAAUAAUCUUGCCAGCGCUGGUCAAGAUGUUGUCCUUUGGUUGCCCGAUCCGGAACUGGCUUGA